CACUGUUCCCAACUCACACUCUACCGAAAAAUGGCCCGCGUAGCAGUUGUCCUUCUCGGCGUGCUGGCCGCAGCCCUGGCCGCCUCGCUUCCCACGACAAAGGUCGUGAACCCAUACCAGAUCAUUCGCCGAGGUGUUCCUCCACCACCGACAGAAUUCGGAGCCGCCAAGGCCCACAACACCAUGUGGUAUACCCAAAAGCUGGACCACUUCGACGCAUUGAAUACUGAUACUUGGCAACAGCGUUACUUCAUCUCAACCGCGACCUACGUUCCUGGCUCACCGAUUUUCUUGUACUUGGCCGGUGAAUGGGAAGCUAGCGCUGGAGAGGUAGAAUUCACCUUUGUGGGUGAGCUGGCAGCCGCACACAAUGGCUUCACCAUCGACCUCGAACACAGAUAUUAUGGCCAGAGCAGACCUGUCCCAGACACGAGCAGUGACAAUCUGAAGUACCUGAGCGUGGAUCAGGCCCUUGAGGACGCCGCCACCUUCGCCCUGGACAUGAAGGCAAGCCUUGGUCUCGACGGCCCCUGGAUCGUUGUCGGCGGCUCUUACUCCGCCAACAUGGCAGCUUGGGCUCGCGCUCGCUACCCGCACAUCUUCUUCGCAGCCUACGCAUCCAGCGCCCCAAUUCUGGCGCAGCUCGACUUCCCUGAGUACAUGGAGGUGGUCAACGAGGCCCUUUUAGCAACAGACCCAGCCUGUCCCGCCGUCAUCCAGCAGUCUACUGACGAGCUCGACGUGCUCAUCGCUAACGGAGACGUUGCACAGAUCACUCAGCUUUUCAAUCUGUACACGCCUAUUGACCUUGCCAACGAGAAUGACGUGAUGAACCUGCGCUCAUACGUGUCGUACGUGUUUGCUGGAGAAGUGCAGUACGCCCGCGGCGAUAAUUUGGCCCAGAUUUGCCAGACGUUGAUUGCAGGCCAGAGCACUCCAUUGGAAACAGUUGCCCAGUUAUUCAGGGACUACUUUGGAGGAUUCCAGGUAGACAUUGUAGCUGCCAACAUGUUUGAGUACUACCGCACCAAUAUUGCGUUCUCCGAUGACAUUACCCGCCAGUGGGUCUACCAGACUGCUACCGAAUUUGGCUACUACCAAAGCCUUUCGUCACCAGAUCAGCCUUUUGGACAAAACGUUCCCUUGUCUUUCUCCAUCCUGUUCAAUACCGAAGUCUUUGGACCCCAGUUCACGCAGGAUGUUUCUCAGGCUGGCGUUGAUCGCACCAACCUUGAAUACGGAGGACUCAAUCCUGACGUGACCAGGGUGCUCUACACCCACGGCAGUCUUGAUCCCUGGCACGCCCUGGGACGUGAAACUGAUCUGAGCCCUGAAUCGCCCGUUAUCUUGAUUGCCGGACAUUCCCACUGCAGAGACAUUGGAUCUCCCAGCUCGACCGACUCUGCCGACCUUAUUAAUGCUAGAAAUCGCGUAAUCCAAAUUAUUGGAGACUGGCUAGCGGCAGCCAAGAAAUAAAUUUCAAUUGUAUUAAAAUUAAUGUGAGCAAGAAAUAAAUUUUUUUUUCUAAAAGCAGUAAAAAUAGACCUUUUAU